GAGCUGCUUUUGUUUUUCAACAGGAGGAAAUAAACUUUCUUUCCUUGGUUUGUGUACAGGUUCUGGUAAAUACUGCUUGCUGUGUUUUGAUGUUGGUGGCUAAGCUAAUCCAAUGUAUUGUGUUUGGCCCUCUUCGAGUGAGCGAGAGACAGCACCUGAAAGACAAGUUUUGGAAUUUCAUUUUCUACAAGUUCAUUUUCAUUUUUGGUGUGCUGAACGUCCAGACAGUGGAAGAGGUGGUCAUGUGGUGCCUCUGGUUCGCUGGGCUUGUAUUUCUACAUCUGAUGGUUCAGCUCUGCAAGGACCGAUUUGAAUAUCUCUCUUUUUCUCCCACCACACCGAUGAGCAGCCACGGUCGAGUUCUGUCUCUGUUGGUUGCUAUGCUGCUUUCCUGCUGUGGAUUAGCAGUUGUCUGUUGUGUCACCGGCUACACCCAUGGGAUGCACACGCUGGCUUUCAUGGCUGCGGAGUCUCUUCUUGUGACAGUGAGGACUGCUCACGUGAUUUUACGAUAUGUAAUACAUCUUUGGGACCUCAACCAUGAAGGGACAUGGGAAGGAAAGGGAACAUACGUCUAUUACACAGACUUUGUCAUGGAGCUCACUCUCUUAUCCCUGGACCUCAUGCAUCAUAUUCACAUGUUGUUAUUUGGCAACAUCUGGUUGUCCAUGGCCAGCUUGGUCAUCUUCAUGCAGCUGCGCUACCUGUUUCACGAGGUCCAGCGUCGAAUCCGCCGGCACAAGAACUACUUGCGUGUCGUUGGGAACAUGGAAGCGAGGUUUGCAGUUGCAACUCCAGAGGAGCUGGCUGUCAACAAUGACGACUGUGCCAUCUGCUGGGACUCCAUGCAGGCUGCAAGGAAACUGCCCUGUGGACAUCUUUUUCACAACUCCUGUCUUCGUUCCUGGCUGGAACAAGACACCUCCUGUCCAACAUGCAGAAUGUCUCUUAAUAUCGCUGACAAUAAUCGCGUCAGGGAAGACCAUCCAGGAGAGAACUUGGACGAGAAUCUGGUUCCUGUGGCCGCAGCUGAAGGCAGACCGCGCUUGAACCAGCACAAUCACUUCUUCCACUUCGAUGGGUCCCGGAUUGCAAGUUGGCUGCCGAGUUUUUCAGUUGAAGUGAUGCACACCACCAACAUUCUGGGCAUCACGCAGGCAAGCAACUCCCAGCUUAAUGCAAUGGCUCAUCAGAUUCAAGAAAUGUUUCCCCAGGUUCCUUACCACCUCGUGCUGCAGGACCUCCAGCUGACACGCUCAGUCGAAAUAACAACGGACAACAUUUUAGAAGGACGGAUUCAAGUACCUUUUCCCACACAGCGAUCAGAUAGCGUCAGGCCUUCACCGAACAGUCCUGUGGAAAGGCCAAACGGCGAGCAGGACGACGGAGAAGCUUCUGCUCAGACCGAGCAUAUGCCUCUGGACAUCAGUCCUCAGCUGGAGGAGGCGCUGGACUUGAGCGAGGUGGAGGCAGAGCCCAGCGAGGGGGAAGACUUCGAGGCGCGGGGCAGCCGCUUCUCCAAGUCUGCCGACGAGAGACAGCGCAUGCUCGUCCAGCGGAAGGACGACCUCCUGCAGCAAGCCCGCAAGCGUUUCUUGAACAGAAGUUCUGAAGAUGACUCAGCCUCAGAGAGCUGCCUACCCUCAGAAGGCACGACCUCUGACCCCGUGACCCUGCGUCGAAGGAUGCUGGCUGCGGCUGCCGAGCGGAGACUUCAGAAGCAGCAGACCUCCUAGCGCUUCCUGGCCGUCCGCAGCCACCUCCUGAGCAGUGUGCCCACCGGAAGAGGCCUGUCCCCAGUUCCGCCUGCUGUUCGAAGAAGUGGGCUUGACUGCAUUGCCGCUGUAUAAAGCAUGUGGUCUUAAUAGUGUUUGGACAGCUGACAAAUUUAAUCCUUUUUUGUAAUACUUUCUAUGUGACAUUUCUUUUCCCUUUAGAAACACUGCACAUUUUAACUCUAGGCAUGAACACUUCUGGUCUUAGGGCUGGGGGAAGAUCACGAGGAAGUGGGCAGCCGGAGACCCCGAAGCCAGCAGCUUUGGUUGCUGCUUUAUACAUAAGUCACAAGAAAUGCUGGUGUCUUAGCUCCAAAUCUGGCGGCAGCGUGUGGGGGUGGGGGCUUCAGGGAGGGCAGCGGCAGCGGCGCAGCGGGAGCCUGGCUCCGGGCACUGGAAAGCUGCUUUUGUCAAACUGCUGUUAGCGAGAAGGCUGGGCGCACGGGCCGGGCCGCAGGGCCGCUUGGGAAAACAGCACGUGGUUUGAUACCUGGAGCACCCAGAGCUGUGAAGUGGGAGCAGGUGACCCAUGGUGUCCCAGUACAUCCAGGACUUCCUUUCUGAGCCCUAGUCAAAGCUGGCUUUAUUUCCGUUAAUGCCGGUGCUCCUGCAGCUCACCAGUGUACGCCGUGUGUCCUUUCCGCAUUUCAUAGCCCCCCGGACACGGGGAAGGUCAGCUCUGAAAGGGUUGAGCAGCAAGCUUUGGUUUAUGGUUUGAAUUCCUCGGUCAAGUAAAUUAGGCGAUGCCAAAGGCUGCGGGUUUAGUCCUUGGAGAAAAUGUGGGCCUUACAGGAUGGGAGAGGAAAUUUUGGAGGGCUUCAUUGAAGAAACGAAAGUUACCUUUUGUAUCGUUCUUCCCAUGGAGCCCUUCAUUUUCGUAACUUUGUUCCCGUUGGUUUAACUAAACGUAGAAAGGUGAGAUGUUGAGCCCACCUGCCCUGGAGCUGACCCAGGUCCUGGCCCUUUUCAAAUUCUUCACACAUUUAACUUUAAGGAUUUGAAACACGCAGUCAUAGGUUACAUAGUUCAGUUUUAUGUCCUAUCGGAUUUUUUUUUAAAGUUGGAAAGCAUAGUUUUUUGGUAGUCCUUUUGGGGAGAAUCCAGUAUUAUCUAAAAUUAUUGGCAAAGUUAAAUGUAUUUUACAUAACUGAAAGUUUUUAGAAUGUUGGAAAGUAAUUGAAAAAAGAGUGACGAGUAAAUGUUUAGGCCAAGAUAAUUUAUUUCAAUAAAUCUUUCAAAAGCCUUACCUUGAAA